CGUAUUACGGAGCUCAUUUGUAUCAUCCAGCAAAAAACCUAACGAACUCGCCAGCCCUAAUUGACAUCGACAAUAUUUGCUCUUCAGUCUUUGUGAUACCCGUCGGCUUCCAUGGACGCCCAAAGAGCUCUUCUUGAUGAGCUCAUGGGAGCAGCUCGUAAUUUAACAGAGGAAGAGAAGAAAGAUUACCGGGAAAUCCAUUGGGAUGAUAGGGAGGUCUGUGGACCAUUCAUGGUCCGCUUCUGCCCUCACGAUCUAUUUGUAAAUACGAAGAGUGAUCUCGGACUGUGCCCUAAGAUCCACGAUCUGAAGCUCAAGGAGAGGUACCAGAAAAUUUUUGAAUUAUAUUUUUUGGAAACAUGUAAUCAACUGAAGUAUUGCAUUAUUGCUUCCACAAUUUUAGGUUUAAUGUGUUUUGAGUUGGUAGAUGAAUAUAUCAACUUUAUUUCAUGUUAGUUUAGUGUUGGUGGUGUAUUCUGGGAUUCUUUCUGACGACACAGCUGCCUUUUGUUUUUUUUACGGAGACCUUGAUCUAAAUUUAAACAUUUUUUACACAGGGAUGAUGACUUAUACAUGCUCGAUGCCUGUUAGCAGUUUCACUUUUUUAAAUGCUUUGGUUUGUUGGGUAUCG